AUGAAAGGAUCUUCUUCGAGAGGGAAUCGGAACAAUGAGAACAACGAAGAGAUGGUGAAGAAGAGGGGAUCACGGUUGCAAUGUGAUCAAAACCGGUACCGGGGGAUCCGGCGGCGCCCUUGGGGCAAGUUUGCAGCUGAGAUCCGGGAUCCCUCGAGGAACGGUGCCCGCCUCUGGCUCGGGACCUUUGAGACAGCGGAGGAGGCCGCCUGCGCCUACGACCGGGCUGCCUUUGCCUUCCGAGGCCAUUUGGCCAUUCUCAACUUCCCCAACAAGCAACAAUACUACGCUCAAAAUGACUACAAUGUCUCUGGCCACCGCAGCUAUUUCUCGGCGUCCCCAUCGCUGUCGUCGUCAUCAUUCUCAGCAUGUUCAUCAUCAUCCACGGAGUUAGCUCCUGCCAAGCCAUCCAGAGAUGCGAUCGAGUUCGAAUAUCUGGACGAUAAGUUGUUGGAGGAACUACUGAUGUCGCACAGCAGCAUAUAG